GGCGUGGCCAGCCCGCCCCCGCCAUGCUGCUGCGCCGCUGUCUUCGGGGUCCGCUCUCCGCUCCCGCCUCUCGCCGGCUCUGGGCGGCAGCACCGGGACCGGCACCGGCACCGACACCGGAACCGGGACGCAUAGAGCCACCGGCACCGGGGCCGAGCGGUGAUGGCAGCGCUGCCCUCCGGCCGCUCUACAUGGACGUCCAGGCCACCACCCCGCUGGAUCCCCGGGUCCUGGACUCCAUGCUCCCCUUCCUGACUGCCUACUAUGGGAACCCCCACUCCAGGACCCACGCCUACGGCUGGGAGAGCGAGGCUGCCAUGGAGAGGGCCAGGAGGCAAGUUGCAGAUUUAAUAGGAGCUGAUCCAAGGGAAAUUAUAUUUACAAGUGGUGCAACAGAAUCAAAUAAUAUGGCGAUCAAGGGUGUUGCAAGGUUCUAUAAGUCCAGGAAGAAGCACAUCAUCACCACCCAGACAGAGCACAAGUGUGUCCUGGAUUCCUGCCGCUCCCUGGAGGCAGAAGGGUUCCGGGUCACCUACCUGCCUGUUAAACAAAAUGGACUCAUAGACUUGAAGGAGCUGCAGGCUGCCUUCCAGCCAGACACCAGCCUGGUGUCUGUGAUGACUGUGAACAACGAAAUCGGAGUCAAGCAGCCGAUCCGUGACAUUGGUGAGAUCUGCCGUGCACAGAAGGUUUUUUUCCACACGGAUGCUGCACAAGCAGUUGGUAAAAUUCCUAUGGAUGUCAAUGACAUGAAAAUUGAUCUCAUGAGCAUCAGUGGCCAUAAAAUUUAUGGGCCCAAAGGGGUUGGUGCCAUCUACGUUCGCCGCCGGCCACGCGUGAGGCUGGAGCCCCUGCAGAGUGGGGGAGGCCAGGAGAGGGGUCUGCGCUCAGGGACAGUGCCCACCCCCCUGGCAGUGGGGCUGGGGGCAGCCUGUGAAGUGGCACAGCAGGAGAUGGAGUAUGACCACAAACGAAUCUCUCAGCUGGCAGAAAGAUUGGUGACAAAAAUCAUGAGGGAAGUUCCUGACGUGGUGAUGAACGGAGACAGAGAGCACCGCUACCCAGGCUGCAUCAAUUUAUCUUUUGCGUAUGUGGAAGGGGAAAGUCUUCUGAUGGCUCUGAAAGAUGUGGCUCUGUCUUCAGGGAGUGCUUGCACAUCAGCUUCUCUGGAGCCUUCCUACGUCUUGAGGGCGAUUGGAACAGAUGAAGAUUUGGCUCACUCAUCUAUCAGGUUUGGCAUCGGUCGUUUCACUACAGAAGAAGAAGUGGAUUACACAGUGCAGAAGUGCAUACAGCAUGUGAAGAGGCUGAGGGAGAUGAGCCCCCUCUGGGAAAUGGUGCAGGAUGGAAUCGACCUCAAAAGCAUUAAGUGGACUCAGCACUGAGACAAAACAUCACUAUAUGUGGACUAGAUGUGGAUUAAAAUGCAUUUUCUGUACAUUCCUGAACAAAUUAUGCAGCACUUCUGCUUUUUGACACUUGCAAUUUGACUGGAAAGCUCUCCUUUCUGAUCACAAAGUCUAAGAAGCCAAAAAUGAAACUAAUCUAUAUCCUGGAGAAAGGCAGGAUGUUGUCACCCCCAUUGCAUCUCUAUUGACACACAGAAAUUAAUGCCCAAACCUAAUUAAUUUGGGGAAUGUAUUUUCUAAUAAGAACGUGAAAUCAGUGUGUUACUGCUAGGCCAGCCAGGCAAGAGGCUGCUGGUUCUCAGUGUGAAACAUGCUGUGUGGCUGCUGUGUUUGCACCCAGAGGGGUGGCCAUGCCUCCUGCUGGUGCCCACCCUGCAGCAGCACUGGGUGGGUGCUGCUCAGACGUGCUGUGUAGUGAGAGGGUCUCAGCUAGGCUGAAGCUUGGCAUUCCCAGAGGAGAGGGAGGCCUCAGGGUGGCUAUGUGCCUUCACAGUUCAGUUGUACAUGCAGUUUAGAACCAAUUUAUUAUUUUUUUUUAAUCUAAAACUGAGUAUUUUUGGCUCCUUUUCCUUGGUUUGAUCUUGUUUUGGGUGAUGCUUAUACAGACCAAUGUGCAUUGGUCCAAGAUAUCCCUCUGCUUUACAGAGUUUAUGAUGUGAUGAUGAUGAAGCACUUUGCUGUCCCCUCCAUUGUGCUUUUUCCAUGCAAUUUUUUUCUAGAUAAGGAAAGAAAACUUGACUGGAGAGGGAGACAGGCAGAAUGUGUCAGGUGCAGUUUACCAGUUCAGUUGGAACACGAGUGGUAGAGGCUGUGGGGAGAGCAAAUAAAAUGCAAUGUCUUAAUGCACUCUGGGUUUUUGUUGUUUUGGGCUUUUUUUCCCCUCCCGUUUUGAUGAAGUCUCCUUUGCUGAUACUCAAGAGUUUGCCUGUGAGCCAUUUGGUUCUGGCACUUCAGGGGGUCUUGCCCAGUGAGCCUGAAUGUUUUGUCUGGAGAUAAAACAGCUCCGUGGAGUUUUUUCUGCAUGACAGACUGCAUUGCUGUAGCUGAGACUUCCAUGGGAAUUCCCCAAGGAGUGCAGAGGGAAAGUGUCUGUUAAAAAGGGAUUUAUGAGAUUGAUUCAGAUCAGCAUUUCUCCUUUCUUACCCAUGUUGAUGUGUCCAGGAGGAGACUUCACCCAUCUUACCAAGUGCCUUCGCAUCAGUUGCAGAAGCAGAGAGCUUCCCAGGCUGGUUUGUUGCUAGGUGGAGGCUGCAUUAGCUGCUGGAUUCAGGCAUCCUGGGGACUGGGAGUGCAUCCUUAGCUCUGGGUGGCAGCUUCCUCCUGGAGUAACCCCGGGAUGGAAAGCUGAAGCUAAAUUCACAAGGUGGAUUGUGGUACAGAAGCUUGUGGGGCUGUUUGGUUUGGUUUGGUUUGUUACCAAGGACAGAUGAGGUUGGUUGUAGUGCAAAGCUAAUCCUCGUUUGUGCUGGCUGAAAUUAUUAGCUUUAGCAGCUAUAAUAUUGUAGGGCUGGCACCUUUAUAUUUCAUCAGAACAUUUUGCAAACUACUGUAUGGAUAAGUAGUUUUUAGAGAUUGUUUGUGCUAUGUUUGAUCCUUGGGCCACACAUCCACAUAUAUGUUUUCUGGAUUAAGCAUGUGAUAACACUUUCCCAGCAUGUUUUAGAACUGUAUGUUUGUGAAAAUGUUCUUUGUGUUUCAUGGAUGAUAAAAAAAUACAGAUAAGACUUAACCUUG